CCCUGACGCGUUGCCGCACUUCCUGGUCUCUCUCCCUGCAUAGGAAGGUAAGUUGGGAGGGCGCUGCCUUUUGCACCAACAUGUACCCAGUGCCCUGGAGCGGUGGCGACCAGAGGCCGGGAUUCUACGGCAGCAGCUCGGUGCUGCUGAGAAACGCCAACGUUGCGCCCAUUCCAGCUGGAGCUCCGAGUCCCGGGCCCGGACAAGGACUCUUUGAGGAUCUGCACUUCCCUGCUGACAACUCCUCUCUGCAUGGCCCCGGGCGUACUGCUCGCUUCAACACUCUCAUCUCAGGCUGGAAGAGGCCACAGGAAAUUUGCGGCAGUCCUCAGUUUGUUGUUGAUGGGACCACCAGGACGGACAUCUGCCAGGGAGCAUUGGGUGACUGCUGGUUCUUGUCCGUCAUUGCUUGCCUCAGCCUCAACAAGGAUGUGAUGAAGCAGGUGAUCCCCCCAAACCAGGGAUUCGGGACAGGCUACUCGGGAUAUUUCCGCUUCAAGUUCUGGCAGUACGGGCAGUGGGUGGAGGUGAUAGUCGACGAUCGGCUGCCCACCGUUGACACCAAGUUGGCCUUUCUCUACAGCAAGGACAACAAUGAGUUCUGGAGCCCGCUCCUGGAGAAAGCUUAUGCCAAGCUGAAGGGCUGCUACGAGUCCCUGUACAUCGGUUUCCCUCUGGAGGCCAUGGUUGAUCUCACGGGGGGAGUGCCGGAGUUGUUUCAGAUCGACGAGAUGCCCAAGAACCUUUGGAAGUUCCUGAAGAAACUCCUGGACAAAGGCUCCAUCAUCUGCUGUGCUAAGCCGGGUCCCGUGGGAGUAUUGAGUGAACGAGGCAUCAUCUCUGGGCAUGCGUACUCGGUGACAGGUGUUGACCAGGUUCAACAGCGGGCAGACCGUGUGGAGCUGGUGCGGGUCCGAAACCCCUGGGGUAGAGUGGAGUGGAAUGGAGCCUGGAGUGACGGGUCCACAGAGUGGAGCACGGUCUCAGACAAACACCGUCCACAGACCGUACACCUGGAGGAUGGAGAGUUUUGGAUGUCCGUUGAGGACUUCAAGAGUAACUUUGGCUCUGUGGAGAUCUGCCACGUGAGCCUGGAGCAGCUCUCCAAUGCCGAGGGCAAGCUGAAGCCCUGGGUACAGAUGGUUUAUGAGGGUCGCUGGGUUCGGGGCUUCUCGGCUGGAGGCAACCUACGGCACAAAGACAAGUACUACUGGAUGAACCCGCAGUUCAAACUCACCCUGUUCGAGGAGGACGAUGACCCCGAUGACUCCGCGGUGAGCUGCACCUUCCUGGUGGCCCUGGCGCAGAAGCACAGGCGGAGGAUGCAGCUGGCGGGAGCCGGCUUCCUGUUCAUCGGCUUUGACGUCUUCCAGGGAGACCCAGCCAGAGCCUACUUGACGCAGGAGGAUCUGCGGGCAGCAGUGCCGGUGCUGUCCACCAAGGAGCACAAGGACAGCAGUGAAGUGUCCCUGCGCGCCUGCCUCCCACCGGGCCACUACUUCAUCGUCCCGUCCACCGCCAACCCCAACGAGGAGGGCGAGUUCCUCCUGCGAGUCUUCACCGAGAAGGGGAACCGGGCUGCACCGGUGGAGAGGAAUAUGCUGGCAACCAACAGCCCACAGGUUGUGCCUGACCUCGCCUACUGUCCACUCCCCUCUGCUGAAGAUUCCAGGGACCUGUUUGACAAGUAUUGUGGGCCGGACGAGGCCAUAUCAGCGUUGGAGCUGCAGAAACUCCUGCGGGAGAUAUUGCAGAAAACCGCUCUCAGUGAGAAGUGGGAUCACUUUGGCCUGGAUGCCUGCAAGAGCCUCAUUUCCCUGACAGAUAUCAAUGGGUUUGGAAAAAUGAGAUUUGAGGGAUUCAGUAACCUCUGGAGCAAAAUCUGCCAUUGGACACAAGUCUUCAGUCGGUUCGAUAAGAAUGGAUCGGGGACCAUGGACAGUCAAGAGAUGUUCACAGCCAUCCAGGCAGCAGGAUUCCAGGUGGAUGAGUUCUUGAUGCAGCUUGUUGGCUUGAGGUACGCGGACCCCGAUCUCACCCUCAGUUACGUGAACUUUAUUUGCUGCCUGACCAAGCUCGACACCAUGAUCCGAGCUUUCAAAAUCAUGGACAAGUUUGGAACUGGAGUGGUCAAUGUUGGCUAUAAAGAGUGGCUGCAGAUGACUAUGUACAGCUAGUUGAUCCAUUGGACUGUUGACUCCCUCUACCCGAAGAGCUUCCGCCACAGCUGCCCACAACCCAGAUCCAGAUAGAGCAUGCGACACACUCCAGAGGCCUCCAUACACCUUGGCUGUGGGAUCAGGCAGUUGCCUGCAGUGUUAACAUAGCCACAUGUCACUCACUCAUGUAUAUUUCAACCAUCCCAAGCCAGACCUCCCAUCUGCUUUCAUUCCCUGUCUUUCCAGCAAGAGUCAAGAGUGGACACAAACUGCUGGAGUAACUCAAUGGGUCAGGCAGUAUCUCGGGAGAACUUGCACAGGCGGCAUUUCGGGUCAGGACACGUCUUUGCCUAUCCAUGUUCGACAGAGGUGCUGCCUGACCUGUUAAGUCACUCCAGCACUUUGUGUCCUUUUGUGUAAACCAGCAUCUGCAUUCCUUGUUUCGAGAAGAAUGUUGAAUUGCCAUAUGUGCAGAAACGGAACAUUGUAAAUAUUACGUGGCAGCACAAGUUUGUAAGCACAGCACUCAAUAAAUAGCAUAAUAGGCAAAU